AUUUAUCCCGAAUGCACAUUCUCCUUUCAGAUCAUAAUGUUGGCCUCAGGAGCUAAACGUCCUGCUCCUCCUCCUAGAAAACCCUCUCCGCCCAGACAGAAUAACAAGGAGGAGCAAACCUUUAAGGAGAAGCUUGAAGAGAUCAAAAGAAUGCGUUCUGGCAAAGGAGAUACGACACCUUCCACCCAAAUCUCUCAACGAACAAUUAACGAAGAACCAAUUAUUCCGAAGCAAGUUCAAACUCUGACAGGAUUAAAAACAUUUUUAAAAUCCUUCGGAGACUGGAUGGAAGUUGUAUCCAAGACAGGGAAGGUUUAUUACUACAAUAAAAAGACUAAGACAAACCAAUGGAAGAAACCAGAAGAAUGGGUGGCGGAAGAACGCCGGUUAAAUGCUCCGCCUCCUUUACCGGAGGCAAGCGUGUUUAUUAAGCCAGAGGAACCUCCGAUACCCAUGGAAGAUGCCCCGUUGCCUCCUGAGGCUCCAAAAGUGAAAAUGAAACUGAAAAUAAAGAAAAAGGUGACUAAAAGACUGAAGAAAGAAUUAAAGCUGCCUCUGUCCUACCAGAAGAAUCCAGCAGUCCGACUCGAUGAUAGUAGCGACGAGGACGAGAACAAAGCCAAAUUAACUAUGGAGAACGCUUUUGAGGAUCCGGAGGAGGAUAGCACAGACUCAUCUCUCAACAAGCUAGAUAAAGCCGAUGAGAUCGGACACAUUGAUAUUAAACUACCCGAACCUAAAUCUGAUAAUAUACCAGAUACUAAACCUGACCCUACUCCUAAUUCUAAGACAGAACCCGGAGUUAAGACGACGGAAGUAAAUACCUCCGCCCGUAAGUUUACCUCCUCAGCUCCGGGAAAGGAAAGAGCACAAAACUUACCCAAGGGUUCGGCAGCCGAGCUCGCAUUUCUAAAUAUUACAAAGAUAUCUGAAACCACUGCAAUCUAUGGGGACGGGGUGAACACACUCACUACUAUAGAAACUGGAAAUCCAACAUUUUUUACCGAAUAUAACCUACCCUGCUGCCUCAGGAGAUGCAAGUUCCCGAAGGAACAGGAUGUUCUGCAUGAGUUGAAAAUAAACAAACUAAAGAAACGAAUUUUCUCAAAACAGUUUUCAAUUCCUGGCCUGGAUCCUAAGUUAGCACAUUUAGCAGAGGAGGCAGAACUAGAACAAUUCUUCAUCGAACUAAAGGAUUACAAUCAUCAUGAUCGACUGCUUACCUCCAGGAUGGGUGGAACUCUAGUUUAUAAGGUCCAGGACGAGGUGUGGGACCGAUAUUUUCACAAGUUUCAAAUAAAGAUCUUCUCCGGAGUAUACCUGGAGUGUAGACCCUCAGGGUACUCACACAACAACGAACUUAUUUAUUCCAGAACUGGGAAGGUUUGCAGUUACAAAACAUUUCCUGAAGACGAGGUUAGAUGUCAGGCAGUUCUCCAGGCCUGGAAUAUGGAUUACUGUCUUUGUGUCUACGCUAAUAAAACCUUCACUGUGAAACGUGACGAUAGAGCUUGGGAAGAAGAUCUCCGAGAGGUUCGGAGAUUCCUGGAGAAGCAUGGAUACUAGAAUACCUAGCGGUUCUAGUCCUUCAAGAUGAGGGGACUUUGAAUUUCUUUCCUCCUGUUCUCUUUCUGGAAUACAAAAUAGUUUGGAACUUGCAAAAAAGCUGUACUAGAAACCCUGGAGAUUCCUAGAUAAACCCUGAAUACUAGAUUAUCUAGAGGUUUAGAGAUUUCUAGAGAAACCAGGGAUACUAGAAUAUCGAAUAUCUGGAGGUAUAGAGAUUCCUAGAGAAACCAGGGAUACUAGAAUAUCUAGAGGUUCAGAGAUUCCCAGAGAAACCAGGGAUACUAGAAUAUCUGGAGGUUUAGAGAUUCCUAGAGUAACCAGGGAUACUAGAAUAUCUGGAGGUUUAGAGGUUCCUAAAGUAACCAGGGAUACUAGAAUAUAUGGAGGUUUAGAGAAACCCUGGAUACUAGAAUAUAAUUACAGUUUCAGAGAUUCCUUGAGAAACCAGGAAUACUAGAAUAUCUGGAGGUUUAGAGAUUCCUAGAGAAACCAGGAAUACUAGAAUAUCUGGAGGUUUAGAGAUUCCUAGAGAACCCUUGGAUACUAAAAUAUCUGUAGGUUUAGAGAUUCCCAGGGAAACCAGGGAUACUAGAAUAUCUAGAGGUUCAGAGAUUCCUAGAGGAACCAGGAAUACUAGAAUAUCUGGUGGUUUAGAGGUUCCUAAAGUAACCAGGGAUACUAGAAUAUCUGGAGGUUUAGAGAUUUCUAGAGAAACCAGGGAUACUAAAAUAUCGGGAGGUUUAGAGAUUUCUAGAGAAACCAGGGAUACUAGAAUAUCUAGAGGUUUAGAGAUUCCUAGAGAAACCAGGGAUAAUCGAAUAUCUAGAGGUUCAGAGAUUCCUAGAGGAACCAGGAAUACUAGAAUAUCUGGAGGUUUAGCGGUUCCUAAAGUAACCAGGGAUACUUUAAUAUCUGGAGGUUCAGAGAAACCUUGAAUACUAGAAUAUUAGAGGUUCAGAGAUUCCUAGGGAAACAUGGGAUACUAAAAUAUCUGUAGGUUUAGAGAUUCCUAGAGAAACCAGGGAUAUUAGAAUAUCUAGAGGUUCGGAGAUUCCUUCAGAAACCAGGGAUACUAAAAUAUCUGGAGGUUUAGAGAUUUCUAGAGAAACUAGGGAUACUAGAAUAUCUGGAGGUUUAGAGAUUCCUUGAGAAAUCAGGGAUACUAGAAUAUUUAGAGAUUCCAAGAUUCCUAGAGAAACACGGGAUACUAAAAUAUCUGGAGGUUCAGAGAUUCCUAGAGAAAUAUGGGAUACUAGAAUAUUUAGAGAUUCAGAGAUUCCUAGAGAAACAUGGGAUACUAAAAUAUCAGGAGGUUCAUAGAGUCCUAGAGAAACUAGGGAUAUUAGAAUAUCUAGAGGUUCGGAGAUUUCUAGAGGAAGAUUCAGAAAUAUUAAAACGAAAAAUAUGAAUUCCUAGAG